AUGGAUUUGAACAAGCCUCCCCCAGAAUUUGAUUAUGAUUUCUUAGAUGGAGUUGAAUCAAAUCCUUCCUAUUGCACCCAAGCAACCCCAGCUAUUUCAAGUUUACAGGUCCAAACACAUCAAACAGACCAGGGUGUUGGGGGCACUCUGAUUGCUGAUGGUGAACACCAAGAUGCUCACGGUUUUGCUGUCAAUACUGAAGAAGCUAUUGGUGAUGGUGUUCUUGAGGAAAUUGUAGAAGGAGUUGUGGAAGAGCUAGUUCCAUAUGAGGGGAAAGAUGUUGGCAACUUCCGCUCCACUAUUAGAAGAACAGAAAAGUACAAGGAUGUGCAGGAAACCUUGGACUACUUUAGAGAGCUGGAACAAGAAGAUCCAGAAUUUUUCUACAAAAUUAAGCUUGAUGCUGACCACAGGGUUGAGUGCCUAUUUUGGGUUGAUAGUGCUGCAAGGCAUGCCUACAUUGAAUCUUAUAGUGAUUUGGUCUCUUUUGAUGCUACCUACAUGACGAACAUGGAUGAGAAAACUCCUAGCUACAUCUGGUUGUUUGAGACAUUCCUAGAGGCAAUGAAAGGGCCUAUACUAGACAAGGAUGAAGAACUAAGAGAUGACUUCAAAGAAUGCUUGAACUACACUGUUACUCCGGAUGAGUUUGAAACAAAAUGGUCAACUCAGAGAAGCGAGGUGUUCAAUGCUGUUCUGAAAAAGUAUGUGAAUCCCAACAUGUCUGUUCUGCAUUUUGUUAAACAAUAUCAAAAGAUUCAGGAUAAGUUCCUUGUUGCUCAGGAUGGUCAAGACUUUAGGACAGAUGACAAGGCAAGAAGGAGGUGGUCGAAAUAUCCUAUCGAGAGGCAUGCAGCAAGUGUGUAUACCAAAAAUCUUUUCUACAAGUUCUCAAAGGAGUUUGAGAAAAAUGCAGAGUAUGAUGUGAAACCUAAAGGUCAAUUCCAUUAUUGGUUAGUGCCAAACAACAAUUUUGUUUAUGGGUAUGGUAAAAGGAACUACCUUGUGACAGCACUUGAGGAAGAGGAAAGUUACUGCUGCGAGUACAGCAAAGUUGAUAGAGAUGGAAUGUUGUGUUGCCAUAUAUUGAAAGUGAUGACAAGAUUGGGUGUGAAGGCUAUUCCUCAGCGGUACAUAUUGAAAAGAUGGACACAAGAAGCGGUCCCUGACAAUGAGGGUGAUGCGCCUAAUGCCCAUGUGCAAGCAGAUUUCAUAGCGCGUGAUAAGAGCAGUAGUGCCCCUGAGGACAAUCCUGCUGAAUUGGCUGGUCCAGUUGCAAUACCAGAAAGUGUGAGUAACCCCCCCGAGGUCAAAAGUGAAAGGGCGCAAGAAGGAGAAAAGACUAAAGAAGGGGAUGAAUGCAGAAUCGAAGAGGCAGAACAAGUGCGGGAUCUGCAGGUUGACUGGUCACAAUGCUGCAAAGUGCAGCAGUAA